UAUUUGUUUUUUUUUAUUGUUUCUCUGGCGGAGCAUGACUGUUUAUGGCUGCAGAAGUUACAUAAUGGGUCCAUCGUCAUCUCCAGCGGAGGUGGUCAUCCAGUCGGCAGCUUUGGUAAUCUGGCCCCAAUUCCAUUUUUGCCCACUUGAACAGCUGUUUUCCAACUCUUUGCCCCGCUCUUUGAAAGAUCGCCAGACUCUUUGGAACCAAGUCGAAAAAAAGAGCCUACGUGAGUCGGCUCAGCUCAUUUUGUUUAUUGUCGCCUUUGUGGCGCACACAUCUUUUGCCACAGUGCAGCCAAAGGCCCCGAACUUCCAGUACUUCGAAAGGCCCAAAUACCGUUAUCCCUACUACGAUGAGCACGGGCGCGGAAAACUUCUCUACGGCUACGGCGGUCCAGAAUUAUAUCAAUACAAGACCUACACGCCAUUGGAGGGCAUACAUUAGGCUUAACUAACAUUAGAUGCAAUGUAGUUCGUAAUUGAUGUAUUCUAUUUGCUGCUUUAUUUAAAUUAAACUUUUUUUCUUU